CACCCCCUCUUUGGUCCUAAAAAAACUAAAGUAAAAUCCAUAUACAAAUUAUAUACAUUUUUUUUCAUAAUAAAAAACUACCUCUUUUUUUUCUCAUAAAAUAAAACCAUGUCCAACGUUAUUGAUUUUUCCAAAGCCAAGGACUAUUUGAAGACCUAUGGUAACCGUGAUGGUUUGUCUGUCGAAGCUUUGUUGGAUGAACAACUCAGCGGUGGUUUGACCUACAAUGAUUUCUUGAUCCUUCCCGGAUUCAUUGAUUUCGCUGCCGAGAAGGCCUCUCUUGAAAGCAAGAUCACAAGGAACAUCACCUUGAAGACCCCCUUCCUGUCCUCUCCAAUGGACACUGUCACUGAGACUGACAUGGCUAUCUCCAUGGCUCUCCUCGGCGGCAUUGGUAUCAUUCACCACAACUGCAGCCCCGAAGAACAGGCCGACAUGGUCCGCAAGGUCAAGAAGUUUGAGAACGGUUUCAUCAUUGAUCCCGUUGUCCUGUCCCCCACAAACACUGUAGCUGAUGUCAAGGCCAUCAAGGAAAAAUCUGGUUUCUGCGGUAUCCCCAUCACUGAGACUGGAAAGAUGCACGGAAAGUUGGUUGGUAUCGUCACUGCCCGCGAUAUCCAAUUUCACCAGGACGAUUCUUCCUCCCUCAAGGACAUCAUGACCAAGGACCUUGUGGUUGCCAAGGAGGGUGUUACCCUGACCGAGGCCAACAAUAUCCUCGCCUCGUCCAAGAAGGGCAAGCUUCCCAUUGUCGACUCACAAGGCAACCUCGUCUCCCUCUUGGCUCGUUCCGAUUUGCUCAAGAACCAGAACUACCCCUUGGCCUCCAAGGCUCCCGACUCCAAGCAGUUGUUGUGCGGUGCUGCCAUCGGUACUCGCCCUGAUGACAGAGAUCGUCUCGAGUUGCUGGUCAACGCCGGUCUCGAUGUCGUUGUCCUGGACUCCUCCCAGGGUAACUCGGUCUACCAGAUUGAGAUGAUCCAGUGGAUCAAGAAGACCUUCCCCAAGCUCGAGGUCAUUGCCGGUAACGUCGUCACCCGCGAACAGGCCGCAAGUCUCAUCGCUGCUGGCGCCGACGGCCUGCGCAUCGGUAUGGGCUCAGGCUCAAUCUGCAUCACUCAGGAGGUCAUGGCCUGCGGUCGUCCCCAGGCUACUGCUGUCUACCGCGUCUCCGAGUUCGCUGCCAAGUUUGGCGUGCCCACUAUUGCUGAUGGUGGCAUCGGAAACGUCGGUCAUAUCGUCAAGGCUACUGCUCUUGGUGCUUCGGCCGUCAUGAUGGGCGGUCUUCUGGCAGGCACAACCGAGAGCCCCGGAGAGUACUUCUACCGCGAGGGCCAGCGUCUCAAGCGCUACCGUGGUAUGGGCUCCAUUGAUGCCAUGAACAACAAGAGCGGAAAGGACGGAAAUGCAGCCACAAAGCGCUACUUCUCAGAGGGUGAUGCCGUCAAGGUCGCCCAGGGUGUCGUUGGUAAUGUGGUUGACAAGGGUUCGGUCCGCAAGUUCCUCGGCUACCUCCACACUGGUGUCCAGCACUCUCUCCAGGAUAUCGGCUGCCGCUCGCUCGCUGAAUUCCAUGAGUCGGUUGCCAACGGUACCGUUCGUUUCGAGAAGCGUACUGCUGCUGCUCAGAUGGAAGGUGGUGUCCACGGUCUCCACUCCUUUGAGAAGAAGCUCUUCUCUUAAAUAUAUAUAUAUAUAUAUAUUUAUAUAUAAUUAAGAAAUAAUAGAAAAGAAAAAUGAUCAUUAUUAUUACUAUUACUAUUCUUUGUAUUCGUUCAUAUUCUUCUUCCCUUUUUCCCUUUCCUUCUCCCUUUCUCUCCCUUUCUCUCCCUCUCUUACACAUUCCACAAUUCCCUCUCAUUUUGUUUAAACAACAACAAAAAAAUUUAUUCAAAAUACAAUAUACAUAUUUGACAUUCCUCAA